AUGCCGUUCUCACAUAGGCCGACGUUGAAGCAGAAGAACAAGCGAUUCAAGUCAGGUCAUGCUACGAAAGGCGCGCUGAAGCGCGCUGCGAAAGGCAAACAUGAGUCUGCAGAGCCCUCUGCUGUGAACCGUGCACACAAAGCGAAUGCUUUGCGCAUGUCUGGCAGUGCUGAAGGCUCGCGGACCAACCGACGAAACGAAGCACGCCAGAUUUCGCAGCAGAAGCGCGCUGCGCUCGUGGAGAGCACACGCGUGUUUGGCGGCACAGGUCUGCGUGGUGAACAGCGCGCCGGAGGCUCAGGACGUCAUGCAAAGGCAGGCGCCCCACGCAUCUGCGCAGUAAUCGCAUUAACACCAGAUGUCAAUGAAUGGGAUGUGGUGCGCGCGUUGGAAUGUGAUGGAGAUGCGCUGGGUGUGCACCCUGUGCCUGGCAAGAGUGCUGACGAAGCACAGGCGCAGUCGCAUGCCCUCUGUGAGCUGGACGCAUCGCGAUUCCGCCAGACAUUGCAGUUCUUGCCUCUGCCCUAUGGAGCUCUUCUUCCAGCGAUGGAUGCAUGUCGUUGUGCUGAUUUUGUGGUACUUGUCCUGUCUGCCGCUACGUCCAUUGAGCCAGGUUCAUGGGGCGAGUUGUGCCUUCGUUCUUUGCAGGCUCAUGGUAUGCCCCAAACCCUAGCGGUUGUCCCUACACUGGCGUCCGCAAAUGACGCGCCGUUUGCGAAGGCAAAGAAGAACACGCAGUCGAAGGAUGCACAGGGUGCACGCAAGAGUCUGCUGAGUUUCGUGCAGUACUUUGUACCCGAGCUCACAAAAAUCCAUGCUAUGGACGAUGCGGCGAGUCGGAGUGUAUUCCUUCGUACGCUCGUUACGACCGCACCGAAGCGCGUGGCAUGGCGUGAUUUCCGUUCGUGGUGUGUCGUGGAGGACGCAUCGUACGUCCCGCAGCAGGAUGAAAAAGGCCUGCUCAAAGUACAGGGCUGGAUUCGCGGUGCGCCUCUGAGUGCCAAUCGCCUUGUUCAUAUUCCAGACUUUGGCGACUUUGCUGUGGACCAUAUUUCCUAUGCCCCUACCGGCACCCCUCUCGAUGCCGUCCUGCCGGAGGAGGCGAUGAAUGAAGCUUCAGCACCGGCCACAACGACGCUUGUGCCAGGGACCGUCCUCGACCAGCGGGACGAGGAUGAAGCGGAUGAGCUUAUUAGCGAGAAUGAGCCGGAUCUUUUGGCUAAUGAACAGACGUGGCCUACCGAAGAAGAAAUGGCGCACGCGACGGAAGUCGAGCCGAUGGAAGAUGCCCUACCUCCAGCCUUGCCUGGCACUACGCCACGUGAGAUUCUCAAGCGCCAGACAGAAUUAGAGGGACAAAAACGAUACCAAGCUGCGUGGAUUGUCGAGAGCGACGACGAAGGUGAUGACGAUGAGGGCGAUGCCUCUGAUGUAGCUAUGGACGACGACGAUGACGAAGCGUCCGACCCAGAGGCCAUGCAAGCCGAAGCAUCGAUUGACCUUCAGCCUGACGGCAAUGAAGAGGACAACGACGACGACGAUAUCGAGGAGGAAGACUACAAUGAGGAAGAAGAGCUGCAAGCUAUCGCUGCUUACCGUGAACAGCUGCAGAAAGAACGGGAGGCCGAAAAAGAAGAAGCGCAAGAUGCCGAGUUUCCUGAUGAAAUUGACACACCUAUGGAUGUGCCAGCACGUCAGCGCUUUGCACGAUACCGUGGUCUGGAGAGCAUGUACACCACGUACUGGGAUCCGUACGAAGACCUGCCUCAAGAUUAUGCACGCCUUUUCCAAUUUGACGACUUCUCCAAGACACGCAAGCGCGUAGAAAGCAACUCCCUCAUGGAAGGCAUUGCGCCUGGUAUUCGCGUGUGCGUGUGGAUUCGUGAUGUGCCCGCUGCUGCUGCAGAGCGUGCCCUCCAAGCGACGGGGCAUGGUCAAGCAGGCAAGAAGCAUGAGGUUGUACCGUUUGUGUUCUUCGGCCUGCUUCGUCAUGAGCAUAAGAAGAGUGUGAUCAACUUUACUGUGACACGAAACACAGAAUAUACGGCUCCUGUACGGUCCAAAGAUCCCUUGGUGGUCUGCCUAGGUUUCCGCCGGUAUAUGGCACGGCCUGUGUACUCGCAGCACCUGCGGCGCGUAGGUCGCGGCGGGAACAACGUAUACAAGUAUGAGCGUUUCCUGCCUCAUGGUGUUGGUGCAGCUGUAGGCAGCGUGUAUGCCCCUGUCACAUUUGGUGGCGCCAAUGUCCCUGUGGUGCUCCUACGCAUGCGCUCCGAAAGCAAAGAAUUUGGCUAUGAUGACCAAGGCGUGAGUGCGGAGCAGACGCCGCACUUGGUCGGUGCUGGUUCCGUGUUGGAUGUGGCGCCUACACGUAUCAUCGCGAAGCGUAUUGUGUUGUCAGGUCAUCCCUACAAGCUGCAUAAGAAGACGGCUACAAUUCGUUUCAUGUUCUUCAAUGCAGAUGAUGUGCGUUACUUUGCGCCUAUUACCCUGCGAACCAAGUAUGGUCGAACGGGGCACAUCAAAGAAAGUUUGGGUACGCAUGGUUAUUUCAAAGCGCACUUUGAUGGCCCUAUGUCACAAAUGGAUACCGUGCUACUGAAUUUGUACAAGGUUACGAACUCAUGGGUCUUCCGAACGUAG